GUUAUUUUAAUGCUGCUUCCCCUAACUGGGGAUACACCUACCAAAACCAAGUAGGGCAAAUUGUUGAGGACUUUGUAGAUAGUAAUGCAACGUUAGUCAUGUAUGAUAAAGAUGAUCCUAAUACCUUCAUCCACUAUUCAGGCAGUUCUACUAACCCUUAUUUAACCACAGUUUCAGCAAACUUAAUUGACUAUUACAAGAAAACUGUAAUUGGGGACCGAGGAAGUAGUCACCAAAUGGUAAAAACAACAAUUACUACCAACCAAAAACAGAUAAGAAAUAACUCAAGAAUUAUGUGGAACUUCAAUAAGGCCAAUUGGAAGGCCUUUACAGAAGGUAUGAAACAUCAAAUAAACACUCUUCUGAAUGAUGCUUCACCUCAAUAA